AUGACCGGUUCUGGGAAUGACGUAGUGACCGGCUGUGUGAAUGACGACGUGAGCGGUUGUGUGAAUGACGUCGUGAGCGGUGGUGGGAAUGACGUAGUGAGCGGCUGUGUGAACGACGACGUGAGCUGUUGUGGGAAUAACGUAGUGAGCGGCUUUGUAAAUGACGAUGUGAGCGGUUGUGGGAAUGACGUAGUGAGCGGUUGUGUGAAUGACGUAGUGAGCGGUAGUGGGAAUGACGUAGUGAGCGGAAGUGGGAAUGACGACGUGAGAGUGAAUGGUUGUGGGAAUGACGACGUGAGCUGUUCUGGGAAUGACGUAGUGACCAGCUGUGUGAAUGACGACGUGAGCGGUUGUGUGAAUGACGUCGUGAGCGGUGGUGGGAAUGACGUAGUGAGCGGCUGUGUGAACGACGACGUGAGCGGUUGUGGGAAUAACGUAGUGAGCGGCUUUGUGAAUGACGAUGUGAGCGGUUAUUGGAAUGACGUAGUGAGCGGUUGUGUGAAUGACGUAGUGAACGGUAGUGAGAAUGACGUAGUGAGCGGUAGUGGGAAUGACGACGUGAGCGGUUGUGGGAAUGACGUAGUGAGCGGUGUUGGAAAUAACGUAGUGAGCAGUAGUGGGAAUGACGUAGUGAGCGGCUGUGGGAAUGACGACGUGAGCGGUUGUGGGAAUGACGUAGUGAGUGGAUAUGGGAAUGACGACUUGAGCGGUUGUGGGAAUGACGUAGUGAGUGGCUAUGUGAAUAACAUAGUGAGCGGUAGUGAGAAUGACGUAGUGAGCGGUUGUGGGAAUGAAGUCGUUAGCGGUUGUGGGAAUGACGACGUGAGCGGUUGUGGGAAUGACGUAGUGAACGGUUGUUGGAAUGACGUAUUAGCUGUUAUUGGUAUAAAGAAGUGUGCGGUUGUGGGAAUGACGACGUGA